AUGGCUAUGGUGGAGACUAACUUCGCUGAAGAGGCCAAGCUGAAGUCUAGGGGCCACACGGCUUCUAGUGGAUCCGGAAGCGACCGGAAGAGAAAGAGGGACACGGCCAAAGGGGGCAAGGCCUCAUGUGAUAGGCUGGAGUGUUCUUCAUGUAGAAGGCAUCACGGUGGAGAGUGUUGGAAGGCAAAGGGGGCUUGCACCCGUUGUGGCAAUAUGGGCCACUUUGCUCGAGACUGUCCUGGACGGUCAGAGAACCGUGGACAGGGCUUGGGGAGUGACCCCAGAAGCUGUCAUUACUGCAGCAAGACGGGACACCUACGCUGGGAAUGUCCCAAUAUGCAAGCUGAGGCUAAAGAACGUGGGGAGGACAGCAAGCCAAGCCAGACCCGAGGUCAGACCUCAGCACCGCGUGUGUAUGAACUGACCAAGGACGCAGCAGAGGCUGGACCAUCACUG